AUGGUCACAUCUCGCACGCCGUUGCUAGAGACCGAUUACAACCUGCACAAAUCCAACAGCACUUACUUCACGGAUCUGGACAUUUCGCGUACAACGCUGGUGACCCGACUUUACAGUCCUGGAGUCGGCAAUGUGAGCAAGGAACUCGACCAGGAGUUCCUAGCCGCAAGCAAGAAGGAGGGAAAGCCGGCGCCAAGGCGCAAGCCAAUGUCGAUUGUACUCGGAUCUGUUUACUGCACAUUCAAGCGCGAGAUCAAGCCAUACGAACUAUAUGAGAUGCACUCUAAGGUGAUCUCUUGGGACGCGAAGUGGAUGUACAUCUUGACCUGCUUCAUGCGACCUGCAAGCCACAGUGGCGGCGAAAAAGUGGUCCUUGCUGUGGGCCUUAGCAAGUACGUGGUCAAGAAGGGCCGGCUGACUGUUCCCCCGGAGCGGCUUCUACGCGCUAGCGGAUUCCUUCCCGCGCCGUCCUCCGGGAGUGAAGACAAGACCGCGCUAGCCGACGUCGAUUCCUCAGCCGAAGCUUCCGACGUUGGCACCCCUGCUAGUGGUGAAGGUAUCACGGCCAUGGGAGGUGUGGAUGGAUCGUUGGCUCGGGAGGUAUUGAAGAUAAACGAUGAGCAGAUUCCGAGCCAGGAGACACUGGAUAAGCAGCAGAAGGAGAAUACUGACUCGUGGGAUGUCGCAGAGUGGACCUGGGAGCGGAUUGAACAGGAACGCCUGCGGGGAUUGAAGGUUGUCGAUGGAUAUAUUAAUUUGGAUACCCAGCUGUUCGAUGAAUGGGUGCAAUAG